UUCCGCUAAAUUUUGUAGUUGCAAAAUUAUAUAUUUUUUCCUAUUUUAGUUUUGAAUUAAUUUAUUGUACCAAUGACUACAGAAAUCGAAUGGAGACGACGUUGGAAGCCGGAUCUUACAUCUAUUCCAUGGCAACCGUUGAAUAUCGAUGGUUAUGUUUACUUGAUCAAAUGCAAUUUUACACAAAACUCUUAUGAGUUACUUCUUACCAACCUGAAAAGCUUUUGGCAUGAAGAGUUAUCAGAGAAUGCCUUGAAAAAGCGAGUUCAGAAAUUAAAUCCUAGUAUAGAGGCUUCAGUUUCUAGGAUAUUGGACCAGAUUAAGAAUUGCCUUGAAAGUCAAGAAAGAGGAACCAGUAUAACAAUUGGAUUUAAAGAUGAAGAAGAAAAUUCCAAAAUGGUUCUUAAGAUUAACUCCCAGCUUGCAGGGUUGCCUUUUUGUUGGAAUUUUGUAGGAAAUGCAGCUGACAAAGAAAUGGCCUCAGAAAACUUGAUAGUUCCACUAAUGGCCAUGGUAGGUGAAUUAACAAGAAGGCAGAGAGAACUUAUCAAAAUACUUCAAAGUAAAGACAAAGAGAUAGACGAUUACAAAUCCCAAGGUGGAAAAACAACACGAAAACAUAUAGAAACUCAGGAGUUUGUGGAAACAGCAUUUGAAAACACAAUGUUGAUGUCAAAGGGUUUUGAAGAGGAAGUGGAGAGUUUUGGUAGUUCAGCAUUUGAUGACAGUGGCCAGGAUCUGUACCGUCAAAUCAUGACCAAACAUUCUUGGUUGCACAGACAAAAAAAUGAUACAGAGACAGAAUCAUCAUCGCUAGAUGAGGAAGAAUUACCGGUAAAUGAUACUAGUGACGAAGGAAGAAAGCCGUCAACGGGGACAUCAUGGGGAAGUAGUAGACUUCCUCCAUCAGUGGCGGGACCUAAAAGUAUGUCCCCAUCACAGAAAAGUCCAAAUAAAUCACCUGCUUCAUCAAAAUCAAAUACACCUGACACAUCACCAAUCAAGGAUACAGAGCUCAUGAGGAGACAAGCAUUAGAAAGAAGACUUGAAUCAGAUGAGGCAAAGAAGCAAGAGAAAGCAAAGAAGAAAAAGAAAAUGGCUUUUUAAGAACUUUUUAUCACUUUUAUUGUCAUCUCAUAUAUGCCUUCAUUAUUUUUGUCAAUGCUUGGUGCUUUGUAUUAUUAAGUUCCUGAUAUUUCAUACAUCUUUAGAGUUAACGAAUGGACCAGGCUGGCAAGGACAUGAAAAGAGACCUUUGUGACCCAAUUUUAUCAAAGUUCAUGAUAUUUAUCUGAAGAGGUGAACAUUUAAGAAAAUUACGUUUCUUUUAUUUGUAUUUUAUCAUAAAAGCCAAAUUUACAGGUCAUUUGGGAAAAAUUUGUUGCCCCCUAUGCUUGUCCUGCAAAUAUAUUUAUAUCAAAACUGCAGCAAAUCCGUAAAAGGUUGUGACAUGAGUACUGUAUAUUCAGAACAAUGACAAAUUGUGGAAAUGGAAGUAGGUUUAACAAAUUUUCUAAAGAAUUAUGUAAUAGUGAAAUAAUUUUGACAAUAAACUGCAAAUAUAGUAAAAAUGGAUAAUCUGGAAAUCAUGAUCUAUUAUAAAUUAAAGCCUUAUACAACGAAGUCCUACUCAAAAUCUCCAGUCAUGGCAGAGAAAAGGUUAUUUUCUGUAUGUCCCAGGAAUUAAAAAAUAACACCAGACUGAUGCACAGGGCUAUUGUUUCUGAUAACCAGACUUAUUAUCUUUGUCUUUCAAAAAGUUUGACAGGUUAGCAAAAAGAAAAAAAAAGUUGUCUAGUCAUUUUUGUUUAAUAAGAAACUUAAAUAGCUUCCCUCUGAAAAGUAUAGCUAUUAUUAUGGUAGUAACUAAUUAGAAUUGUUGUAUUCAAUUUUAUAAAUAAUUCAUUAUAUCUUCUAUGGGGAAAUUCACAUUGAAAAAUUGUUUAUUCCUCAUCAGGAUUUUCAUGCAUUGUACUUUAAACAUUACUAAAUUGAGAACGGAAAUGGGGAAUGUGUCAAAUAGACAACAACCUGUCCAAAGAGCAGAAAACAGCCCAAGGCCACCAAUGGGUCUUCAACAGUCUGCCUAUAUUCGGUACCAGUUUUGUAAAAAAAGAAAAAAACAUUCCUAAGGAGUCAGCAAAACUCUGACGUGCUAUAUCACUGUGAAAACUUCGGUUAGAACUUAUACCUGCUUGACUAGUGAGAUAUCAGCAUUAAAAAUCCCUGGGCUUAGUGAGGUUUGUCAUAAAAUUUUAACCUGUUAUGUCCCUAUCAAAAUAUGUCAUUUGUCUUCUUGGAAUUUUUUAUCCUCUGAACUCUAUUUUUUUUAACUAUUGUUAUAUCUACUAUUCAAUUAUCAUGGUUUUGUUUGCUUAGGCACAUGCUAGUACAUGGAAUAACUUUAAAAACCAAUUCCUCCUUUUGGUGUGGUGAGGUAAGAAAUAACAUAUAAUUCUAGAUUUUUAUCUAAUUAAAUACUACACAGUUUAUUAGUUUUAAGAUAUUAUCAUGAUGACUAUUAGUGCCUGGUUCAUCAAAAAGUAAAAUAACAAAAAUAUCGAACUCCAAGGGAAAUUCAAAACGGAAAGUCCUUUAUAAAAUGGCAAAAUCAAAAGCUCAAUAGAUAUAGGAAGAUGUGGUAUGAGUGCCAAUGAGACAACUCUCCAUCCAAGUUACAAUUUAUAAAAGUAAACCAUUAUAGGUCAAGGUACGGCCUUCAACACGGAGCAUUGGCUCACACCGAACAGCAAGCUAUAAAGGGCCCCAAAAAAUUACUAGUGUAAAACCAUUCAAACGGAAAAACCAACGGUCUAAUCUAUAUAAAAACGAGAAACGAGAAACACGUAUGAACUACAUAAACAGACAACAACUACUGUAAUCAGAUUCCUGACUUAGGACUCAAGCACAUCUAACGAAUUGAAAACAACUGUCAUAUUCCUGACUUGGUACAGGUAUUUCCUUAUGUAGAAAAUGGUGGAUAAACCUGGUUUUAUAGCUAGCUAAACUUCUCACUUGUAUGAACAAUUUAGUUGUUCAAUAUUCUUGUGUCGGCUAAAUUACUUAAGUGAGCCUUUAAUUAAAAUGUGCAUUUAACUCAAUAUUUUAUAUAUUUAUAUAUUUUGAAUAUUGUAGAUAUAUUUUUAAAGAAAUAAAAAUGCAGCUAUGUUA